AUGGACUCAUCUCCGCUUGUAAAAGCACACGAUCAUGUGCGCGCCGCGAGUGUCGCUCACCACUCGUCCGAUAGCACCGUCGCAAUAACCGAACACACUCAGGCCGCUGGCGAGUUCGCCAACGCUGCGAGAUCGACCUCUAGCAUCGAAGCUCUGCGAACACUGAAGCUCCUAGAACAACAUCAUCGUAGGAUCGUCGAGAUUUUAAACCGACCGACCGAACCUACCUCCCAGGCCAGCGAUGCCGAUCUCAACGAGAAGGAUUCGUCCACCAAAACGAAUGCUCCCACCCAAGAUGCGGACGACAAAAAGGAAAACAAGAAGGACUCAACGGCGUCAAAGAAACUGUCUCCUCCUACCCAACGCAGAUAUGCUCCCCGGGAGAUGUCCUCUUCCAUCGCCAGUAACUUGGCUACCGCUCGUGGCAUCCGAUCAAAGUAUAGAGGCCAACCUCUCGCGCCCAGCGUUUCCAACGACCAAGCUCCCGGAAAUCUAGAUGCAGCCUCGCACCCUCGCGGAACCAAGGCCAAGAUGCAGACUAUCAUCGAUCAUCAACCUGGCAAACCGACCUGGGUUCCACCUGUCGCUGCAACCACACGAUCCGAUAGUUAUGGUAAAGGUUCAUCGUCCCCACGCACCGAUACAACUUCCUCUGCGGCAAGCAGUGACGACGGAGGAUAUACUCGGUUCUACAACACCUUCGGAAGUCUCAUAAACAAGAUCUCAGCACCCUUGGCAUUUGCCGGUCUGCCACUGAUACAAGAGGAAUCCACCAUUACAGAAACACCUGACUCCCCAGAAAUGUCUCCCAGUCCCAAGCGUAGUCACCUUAAGGCGUCCCCGUCCAAGGUCUUAGAACCAGACCUUAGCAAGAUCUACUCCAAGGCAACCAUGCAGGCUCUUGUUAGAGAAGGGCACGGAGCUAACGAUUCUUUCUACGUUGUGCCCAGUACUGGCCACACUAUGUCUUAUGCAAAUAUCCUGAGCUUUGCCGAGAAGGAAAAGAGAAGACUCGGGGCAUCAUCCCACAGUGAUCUCCUCGAUGUUCCUGAUGAAGAUGACGACGACUUUGUGGAUGCUCGAGAAGCACCCCCGCUGUCGCCCGGAGCCAAACGUCGUAUUGGCCGUGCCCGUACUGACAAGGACUUCAACAACAUCAUCGAAGAGCUAUACACUGAAAACAAAUCUCUCAAGGACACGUUAGAUAAACUUACCAAGCGGCUCCACGCCUUUGAAGCCAGUGCUCAGAAUUCCGCAAUGGCUCUUGCCGAAAGUUACCGUCUCAUGCGCCCUGGAUCGCCCACUGCUUCACCACAUACCAGCAAAGUUGCAGAUGAAUCCUUACGACGCAAGAACCAAGAGUUGGAGGAACAGCUCACCGCAGCCGUCAAACAGAUGGAACGACUGGAAAAGGACAACCGGAAGAUGCAAAAGGUUUUGGAUAAGUAUCGUGAGAAGUGGGAGACAUUGAAGGCUGGGGCGAAAGCUCGGAGAGAGGCUCAAGGAACGGGCGAGAGCGUGGAUGAUGCAUCCACAGCUGGGUAA